AUACAAUAUGAACUACAUUGCAAUUUACCAAAAUCGGCUCGAAACAUGAAAAAUGGCCAAGAAUAAGUCGACGGUGUACCUGGGUUACGAAGAUGAGGAAAUUACAGUUAAGCAGGAGCAGUUAUUGAACAGCAGAACCAACAAAAUUGGUGGCCUGCCCGACUGGCCCAGGCAUGAGGUUACCGUGCCCGCCUGCCCUCUGUGCGGCACGGUGCGCCCAUUGAUAGUGCAAAUGUACGCGCCGUUGGAUCGAUCUCAGUUUCACCGUAAUCUCUAUGUGUUCGGGUGCGUGAGCCCCGCGUGCUCGCAAAACCCCAAGAGCUGGGUGUGUGUCCGCACACAGCACUUGGACAAUCAGUUUGAUGUGAUUUGUGAGCAAUCGGCCAAGACAACGGCAGCGCCUGCCAAGCAUAAGAAAAAGACCAAAUCGAGCGGAGUGCAACCAGUAAACUGGUGCAGUGGAGCCGAUGAUUGGGGCGACAGUGAAGGUAGCGGUGGAAACGGGCGUAAUGACGUCUCGGAAACCGUGGACGAGGCUAUGGAUAUGACUGCCGACGACGAGCAGAAUGAGCGGAACGGGAAUGUCAGGCUGAAUGCUUUGCAGUACGCCAAAGGAGGCAUGGAAAUGGAGGAGCCGGUGAAGCAGGAACAAGUCAAGAUUGGCGAUGACGAAGACGACGAAGACGAGAGCACGUCUGUGGAAAAUGACCUGGUUUGUGGCUUUAAUCAAAUCGACAUGAGCUCGCCCCAGAAUGCAGAUGAGGAUCCGAAUGCAAAUUGUGCCGCAGCGGCAGCUCCUAGUGCGGAUGUGGCUGGGGCAGGGGCAACUGCAGCGAUUUGUGCUGAAAUUGAAGGUCCCGAAAAUGAUGUCGUCCUGGUCGAUACACCAAAGAAGCCGGAACGUGACUUAAUCGCUUUGCUUAAGCACACCUCAAUACCGGCCACCUUGGGCCGGAAUGAGCGGAACGGGAAUGUAAGGCUGAAUGCAUUGCAGUACGCCAAGGGAGGAACGUGACUUAAUCGCUUUGCUUAAGCAAACCUCAGUACCGGCCACCCUGGGACCGCUGCCCCAGAUUAAGGAUCUGACACUGAAGUCCUAAUUCAUUGCCGUGGAUGUAGAGAGCAAGGUCAAGGUGGAGGAGUUUGAGAACUAUGGCGGCACCGUAUCCAUGGAUCACAUACGGGAUCUGUAUCAGGAGUAUAAGCUGAGGGACGAAGAACCGGCACAUACGCCAAUGGGUGGUGGUGCAUCGACAAGGAAACCCGCAAUCUGGUCAUAGGGGUGCUCACUGUGAUUGCCGUGCUAGGAAUUGUGUUUUAGGCUGCCUUGCGCUCUAUGCCCGACAAUGCCGAGCACGACAAUGAGUUGGAGCAGAAACACACGGGCUGGGACAGGGAAACUCUUCUUUACCAAGAAGAUGCUGCUCCUUAGCUUGGCUUUCUUCUACACAGGUUCGUCCGGCAGCGUCUCCUCUGUACAUCGAAUGGCUAAUUGCGUCUUGCUUGCUUGUCAGGUCUGGAGCUGUCCUUCUUUAGUGGAGUCUGUUUGUAGUGGGGCGGAUCGCUGCUCAAUUUUCCAAUGACGAAGUUGAUGAUCCAGUGAAAUUCAUAGUAGCCUUCGCAAGAAAUGAAAAGCCGCUGUGUACGUAUGUAGGUGUGUAUUUGGUUCGAUGGUCGCGCGGUAGAUCGGCCGUUUGAAUCGGGGGUGGAAACGUAACUAAGCUAAGCCUUAUGAUCUAUGCUCUAUGAUGGCUUGAGCGGCGGGUGAAUCUAGUUGUCUAUAUGUUUUUAUAUGUGUGUAUUGUAUAUGUACAUAUGUUCGUUUAUUUAUUUUAAGCAACGAUGUGCAAUUGUAAAUUAAUUAAACCACAGAUUUUGAGUAUUAGUCAGUUCUUCAAAGGCCGUGCGAAGAAAAAUAUAUAGAGAAUUUUAAGACAAUGCCUUCAAA